AUGAGCUCCAACGAGAAGCGACACGUUGAUGUCCCUUGGCUGGCAAAGUAUACACAGGUCGAGGCGAAUGAUGGAGGCAUCAUACUGAUCAACGACCUAGGCCUUCCGGAGAUUGCUGCUUGAAAGGCCACCUACACGAAGGCCACCCUCGCGGGAAAUUCGAGACCAUUGCGGGAGUUGACACCUACAUCACCCCUCCUCAGCCAGGCAGGAGCAAUGGCAACAUCUUGUUCUACUACGCAGAUGUGUACGGCAUGUUCACCAACGCUCAGUUGGUGAUGGAUGAGUUUGCCGAUGCCGGAUAUCUGACUCUUGGCUUGGAUUACUUUGACAACGUACCAUCCGCUUCUUCGAAUGCAAGACGUAAGCUGACUUACUUUGCAGGACCCCAUCUUCCUGCAUCGCUUGAACGCGAAGGAGAGCAAGCCCGAUUUUGACUUUGAAGCCUGGAAGAACAAGUAUGCCGACUUCGCGGAGAAGAAAGUCCCGGAAUGGACGGCCGAGGUGAAGAAGAUGUACGGAAAGCCGGGCAUGAAGUAUGCUUGUGUUGGGUAAGCUCUCCAUACACUCCACUUAUACCUGUGUCUUUCAUUGACUGGGAUUGGUAGAUACUGUUUCGGCGCUCCUUACGUGUGCAACUCCCUAGCGGAUGGGACCUGUCAAGUCGGCGGCUUUGCUCAUCCCGCUUUCUUGAAGGAGCAUCAUUUCCGUAACUUGAAGGCUCCUCUGCAUCUGAGCUGCGCGGAGAUUGACCAUACUUUCGGUACGGAGAGUAGAAAUAAAGCGGUGGACAUGAUGAUUGAAGAUGGGAAGGAGUACCAUUUGCAGCUUUUCCAUGGAGUGGAGCAUGGGUUUGCGUUGAGAGCAGAUCUGAAGAAUGCCUAUCAAGGUGAGUGAUUUUCUUUUGCGAAGUACGGUACUGAGGUGCUGACUUGGUUGUUAGGAUGGGCGAAGGAGCAGUCGUUGAGAGGGUUGGUGGCUUAUUUUGAUUACUGGCUUUCGAAGUGA